CGGGGCAUGGCGUAGUGCAACACAAGCUUCAUCUCAUCGAGAGCUCGGGCACACACUUCGGAGCAGUAGCAGCUCAGGGCUGUAGUUGUUGGUAUGGACCACGGAGAGAGAAGGGCGGGGCACAGGCCAGCGGCCAAGUCCUGGCGCGACGGCGUCGCCGCGGGGGGAGCUCAGCCGCCGCCGCCCAAGGUCUACCGCGUGGAGCCCAGGGACUUCCGGGAGCUGGUGCAGAGGCUAACGGGCGCCGAGACGGCGGCGCCGGCGCCGGCCAUGGGCACGCGGCAGAGGGUGACGCUCACGACAGCUGCGGCGGCGGACAACGGGCGCAUGGAGGAGGUGGCCGCGGCAGAGCAGUUGGACUACGCGUCGUGGUUCUCCGCGCCGCUGUUCAGCCCGGCGUACGCGCCGACCGGCUUCGAUGGCCACCACGGGAAUGGCGCUUUACUGUAGGACUGGAAAAACAGAGUCGCUUGAAUGUAAAAUGGAGCCAGAUUUUGCAGCUCGAUUGCUCUCUUCGUGUUGCUAUCU